AUUGCAGUCGUCACAGUUCAGUGUUCUUAAUCUGUGCGUCCAUGUACACAUAUAUGUCCUUUAUUACACUCUAUUAAAUAGAGUCAUAAUAACUGUUUGUAUAUUAGUCUGAGCGCACUUUGAUGCUUCUAGAGCUAGCUUAGCUUGCUAGUUAGCUUAGCUUGUUAGCUGCUAACAAAGAGAGAUGAAAACACAUCGCUAAGCAGAGAUCAAGUGUGAGUGUAAAGUGUUGUGAUUGUGUGAAAAUGUGCGAAAGAACCAUAGCAGAGUACGAGGAGGAACUUUGUCCAACAAAAGAGGAGAAGGAGCGACAACAUGAAAAACAUCAAGUUGUGUUACACACAACAGACAUCCAUCAGCUGAUUGGACACCAAGAAGAAUGUCUCCCUCAUCUGCAGGGGAACAGUUUCACUUCAGAGGAUCCACAGCCCUCCUAUUAUAAAGAGGAAGAGGAGGGAGAGUGUGUUGUAGGGCAGGAGGAGGAUGAUGUCAGCAAGUUUCCACUGACUGUUGUCUCUGUGAAGACUGAAGAGCAUGAAGACAAAGCACCUGAGUCCUCACAGCUUCAUCACAGUCCAAACGUUCAACAGCCCCUUCACAUUAAAGACGAAGAGGAUGAUCCACAGCCCACCUACAUUAAAGAGGAAGAGGAGGAUCCACAGCCCACCUACAUUAAAGAGGAAGAGGAGGAUCCACAGCCCACCCACAUGAAAGAGGAAGAGGAGGGAGAGUGUGUUGUAGGGCAGGAGGAGGAUGAUGUCAGCAAGUUUCCACUGACUGUUGUCUCUGUGAAGACUGAAGAGCAUGAAGACAAAGCACCUGAGUCCUCACAGCUUCAUCACAGUCCAAGUAAGCACAUAUCAUUUUAUUCUCAGGGCAUUCAAUCCAUCACAACUGGACUGUUCACUUAGUCUUAGAAGACUCAUCCAAGUAGGCUUCAUCACUUCAUGCUCAUACACUUCAAGUCUUAAAUCUAAUCAUUGGAAUUUAGAGGGGAACUGCACUUUUUGGGGGGAAUUUUUCUAUCGUUCACAAUCAUUAUAAAAGACAUGACGAUGGAUAUAUUUAAAGAAUAAAUACAAUCACAUUCUAACUAGGGCUGGGCGAUAUGGCCUUUUAUUAAUAUGUGGAUAUGUUUAGGCCAUGUCGCGAUACACCAUAUAUAUGUGGAUAUGUUUAGGCCACGUCACGAUACACCAUGUAUAUGUGGAUAUGUUUAGGCCAUGUCAUGGUAUACCAUAUAUAUGUGGAUAUGUUUAGGCCAUGUCAUGAUACACCAUAUAUAUGUCGAUAUGUUUAGGCCAUGUCACGAUACACCAUAUAUAUGUUGAUAUGUUUAGUCCAUGUCACGAUACACC